AGCUCGAAGUUCUCAGAUUUCCCCACGACGGAGGAACUUAACCGGAACACCAAUCGCUUACUAAAAGCGGUGCAGAAAUGAAUGAUUACGAAAGCUCGCCAUUAUGAAACAUUACCUUUAAUUUAGCCUUGUUUGCCUUUGGACACACGUAAAAAGUUUCACCUACCCAGCUGGACCAUGGAGUGUGAUAUUUUGGACGUGUUAGAGCAGCUCGGCUACGACGGCCCCCUGCUGGAGGAGAAGCCGCUGGUCCGAGCCGCGGAAGAGGGCCUGGCCUCGGUCGAGUACGUGAGCCUGUGCAGGUGGCUGGCCUCCAGGUUAAAACCGCUGUGUGGUCUGGAGGAGAGCAUCACGUCCGGUCCAGAUGAUAUCGAGAGCCUGAAAUUGGAGAUGAGCGGCUUGCUGAAGGAGCUGCACUGUCCUUAUGAAGAAGUUGUGUCAGGGAUUCUCAAGGGCAGCCUGCAAAAUAAGAGGAAUUAUCUCAAAUUUGUCUUGUUUCUGAGCUCUGAGCUUCAGGCGGCUCAGAUCACGAGGAGCAGACAAAUCUGUGAUAAACAACAAGAGGAGAGCCCAGUGCAUCAAGACCUCCAGGCAAUCUGUGAAACACUGAAGCUGCCCGAACCGAAAGGACAGGAUGCAGCAGGAGUCUUCUCUGAUGUAGAAAACAAGAUUAACAAAAUACUUAAAGAUCUACCAAAUGGCUACAUUGGAAGGCCGGUGCUGAAGAAAUCGCUCAGCAGUGAACAGUGGGAGAAGGUGCACAGCAUGAACACAGUCCUGUGCUCAGAGUAUGAAUGUCGGCGCAGAAUGCUGAUCAAACGGCUGGACGUCACAGUCCAGUCCUUUGGCUGGUCAGACAGGGCCAAGGUGAAGGUAGACAGCAUGGCGAAAGCCUACCAGCCAAAAAGACACUCUCUGAGGCCGCAGCCAUCAGUGGGUGUGGCCGACCUGCUGGCUGCCAGGGAGGACCUCUGCAACAUCGUGAAGACCAGCAGCGGCGCCAGCAGGGAGAAGACCAUCUGUGCUGUCAACAAGGUUCUGAUGGGGAGAGUGCCAGACCGUGGAGGUCGUCCAUCUGAGAUAGAAGCCCCACCCCCCGAGAUGCCACCCUGGCAAAAAAGACAAGAUGGUGGAGGUGGCUGGGGAGGACGUGGAGGAGGGGGUGGUUGGAGAGGAGGAGGUGGAGGAAGAGGAGGUGGUGGUGGCUGGGGAGGAGGAGGAAGUGGUUGGAGAGGAGGUGGAGGAAGAGGAGGAGGAGGAUGGGACCAUGGAGGUCGUAGUGGACAUGGUGGAUAUGGAGGACAUGGAGGAAAACGAGGACGGUACUAGGACUAAUUCCUACUGACAUUUUACUUUUCUUUGUGUUUUAUAAUUUGUUUACGCAGUGUUACACAUGAACUGGACUCUUACUUGGGCCUCUUUUGUAGAAAAAGGUAACACUAAGGUAAUAUUUGUUUGUUUGUUUUUUAUAUUAACAAUGAAAUGGUGACCGAAUUGCAACAUCAUGUGAUUUUGCUACUUCAGUUUUCUGUUGGUGGAAUAGUUUUAUUUUUUUAUAUUCGAAGCAUGCUCAACAGUGUUUUCAAAUGAAAGCAUUCUUCGAAUUUAAUAAACAAAAUAUGGGUUUUGCAUUUGUAUAUGUUCUCAAUGUAAUCUAUCAGAAGUAUACCAUGGAUGCAAGAGGAUAAUACUUGAAACCAUUUAUCUUCUCAUCUUCCCAUCUAUCUUCUUUAUCUCCUGAACCAUCAUGACUGGGCUCCUUAUAUUUAAUCCUUCAUUUUAACCAGUAAUGUCUGCCACUAACUUAAAGUCAUAUAUGUAAUAAAGAGCCAUUGAAUUAGUUGCAAAUCAAAAUUGAGAUGGAAAAAUCAAUGACUCACUUCUAAUGCCUACCACUAGGUGGCAUGAUGGCCUAAAUUAAAUAGAAGACAUUAUGUUGAAUUGGAUAUGGAGACCAAACAAGCUACAUAUUUCCAAAUAUUUAUUCAUAGCUGAAAUGAUUUUCUACACUUGUCUUUCCAAUGGGAUACCAUGUUAAUUAGAUACAAUUUAUACAGUUUGUACAAUAAACAUGUUUUAAAGCUGA